AUGGUGAACUUUGAUGUUCGUCGUAUCUUGGUCGAUGAAGGUAGCUCGUGCGACAUAAUGUACUCGCACUUGUUCAAAACACUCCAACUCGACGAUUCCCAUUUAACUCCUUAUGUAGGAGCCGACCUUCAAGGAUUCAACGACUCUACCUCCAAACCCUGGGGAUACGUUGAAAUCCUAGUGACUCUGGGCGAAGAGGAAACCGCCAGGGUGAUCAAGACCCAAUUCGUCGUCGACUGCGAAUCCCUUUACAACUGCAUAUUGGGAAGACCAGCCAUUGUCGAGCUCACUGCUGUCCCAUCCACGGCCCACUUGAUGAUGAAAUACUACACCAAGAGAGGCCGGGUCGUGACGAUCAAGGGAGAUAUCGAGGCUGCAAGGAUAUGUUUCGACGCUGCUGUCAAAGGCUACCAAUCCGUAAACAAACAGCCCAAGAUAUCCAGCAAGAACAAGAAAGGCGAACAGAGCAACAAACCGGACGUCCACUCCGUCGACCUGGAUGCACGUUUCUCCGAAGAGGAGCUGAAGCACGCAUCCGAAGACCCGGAAGCAACAAAAGGGAAGUCCGCCCAUCCCGUCCUCCCAAUUCCUGACGGCGACUUCGAGCUCAUCCCUUUGGGAGACGAACCCAACAAGAAGGUCAAGAUCAGAGCAGGAAUCCCAGAGAUCGCGAAGAAACAGCUGCAAGCCUGCCUCCGUCAGAAUGCCGAUCUGUUCGCCUGGAGCGCUGCCGAGAUGCCCGGACUCGACCCCGAGGUCUCCUGUCAUCACCUUAGUAUCAAUCCAGCCACUAGGGCCGUAGCUCAACGUAGGAGAAGGCAGUCUCCCGAAAAAGCGGAGGCUGCCGAGAAAGUUGUAAAAGACCUUCUAGAGCUGGUCGAUAACUCGGCCGGUUACAAACUUUUAUCUUUUAUGGAUGCAUAUUCAGGAUAUAAUCAAAUACCCAUGGCGAGGAGCAACAGGAAACACACGGCCUUCAUGACCGAAUCAGGCAAUUACUACUAUAACGUAAUACCGUUCAGACUCAAGAACGCCGAGGCAACCUACCAACAGAUGAUGAACACGGUGUUCCGAGGAGAAAUCAGGGACACCCUCGAAGUUUACAUGGACGACAUGAUCGUCAAAUCUCGAGAAGAGAUAACUCACACUGACGAUCUCGAGCGAGUCUUCGCCCGAGCAAGACAAUGCAGGAUAAGGUUCAACCCUGAGAAAUGCACUUUCGGGGCAAGAGCUGGAAAGUUCAUCGGCUUCUAUCUGACCGAACGGGGCAUCAAAGCCAACCCCGACAAGUGUCGAGCAUUUUCCAACAUCCCCACUCCGAACAACAAGAAGUCGAUCCAAGUCCUGAACGGGAUGCUCACCGCAUUAUCCCGCUUCGUCGCUAAAGCCCCCCAGCACGCUCUCCCAUUUUUCAAACUUCUGCGCAAAGAGGAAACCUUUUCACAUCUCAAACAAGUACUCUCACACCCCCCUGUCCUCAUCCAACCAGACGUCGGAGAGUCACUCUACCUCUAUCUAGCCGUAUCCGCCGAGGCCGUAAGCGCGCCACUCAUUCGAGAGACGAGCGGGGGGCAGAAACCCGUGUACUUUACGAGCAAAGCCCUCCAAGGGCCUAAAGUAAGGUACCAGCAAAUCAAGAAAGUGGCCCUCUCGCUCAUCAUCGCUGCGAGAAGACUACGAUAUUAUUUCCUCGCACACACCAUUGUCGUGAGAACCGACCAUCCCAUCAAGCAAUUACUAGGCUGUCCAGAUAUGGCCGGUAGAAUGCUAAAUUGGUCCUUCGAAAUGUCUGAAUUUGACAUCCAAUACGAAAGUAGAAAGGCCCUGAAAGCACAGGCCCUAGCCGACUUUAUCGCCGAGAUGACUAUCCCCGGGCCUCAAACGUCCGCCAACGACGAAUGGACAAUCUUCGUCGACGGAGCAUCCAACUCGUCAGGAAGCGGAGCAGGCAUCAUCCUCGAAAACAAUGAGGGCAUCCUCAUUGAAGUUUCGCUCAUCCUAUCCUUCCAAACAUCCAACAAUCAGGCCGAAUACGAAGCCCUCUUGGCGGGAAUCCGUCUGGCCGAAGAUCUAGGAGCACGGAUUAUUACCAUUUACACUGACUCUCAGCUCGUUGCUCCCCAAGUAAUCGGUGAUUAUCAAGCCAAAAACGAACUCCUAAUUAGAUACCUGGCCAUGGUCAAAGAGAAAAUCAAGAACUUCGCCCAGGCAAAAGUCGAACACGUCCCCCGUGAACACAAUACACGAGCAGACAUCCUUUCCAAGUUGGCGAGCACCAGGAAAAAAGAGAGCAACAAGUCUGUAAUUCAAGAAACCCUCCCCCGACCAAGCGUACAAGCAGCCGCCCACCCACCGACGAUUCACACCAUCGGAGAAGCCCAUUGCUGGAUGACCCCUGUGUACAACUUCCUAACGAAAAACGAGCUCCCAUCCAACCAAAAAGAGGUCGCGAUAGUCAAAUGA